AUGAGGGCUAUAGGAUUCCUUAUUUCCCUUGUACUGAGUACUGUGCUCUGUAUCGUCGAGCUUUAUAAGAUCGAGGCCGUACUGGAUGCAGAGAGCAAGAGGGCGUCAUCGUAUAAUGCAUGCGACCGGAUACUCUGGCUUACGGAUAUUGAGUUCAGGUUGCUUACUGCAAUGGUGAUUGCGCAAUGCCUUUCCUUGUGCUAUACAUCAUUUUUUGUUGCUCUGUUGUUUGUUUACGAGGCCCAGAAAAAGGGGUCUGGAGCCACCAUCAGUGCUCUGGACUUCUUCAAGCAGAAGCAGCGGAUAAAGAUCGAGACAUUCUGCAAAGUCUCCUUGUAUGUGCUCCUUGUCUACAGAUACUUCAUGGCACUCAUCGUAAAUAAACCCUGA